AUGGCUGAUCGAUCAAAUUACAAUCGAGGUCAAGAGGACGAAGAAGACGAGGAAGAUAUCGACGAAACUGGCUAUAAAACCACCAAAGAUGCUGUUCUUUUUGCUAUCGACGUGAGCCCGACCAUGCUUACUAAACCUUAUCAACUCGACUCGAAAAAGACCGAUCGAGAUACUCCUACAAUUGCCGCCCUAAAAUGUGCCUACUCGCUGAUGCAGCAACGCAUCAUCUCCAAUCCCAACGAUAUGAUGGGCAUUCUUCUGUUUGGCACCCAAGAUUCUCGCUUCCAGGAUGAAGACGCUUCUUCCAGAGGACUCUCAUACCCGCAUUGUUACCUUUUGACCGAUUUGGAAGUCCCCGGAGCAAGGGACAUCAAGCGUCUACGAGAUCUGGUCAAUGAUGAGGACGAGGCCAAGCAACUUCUCCAGCCUUCAGACGAACCUGUCUCUAUGGCCAAUGUCUUGUUCUGUGCGAACCAGAUCUUUACCACGAAGGCUCCAAAUUUCUCUUCGCGUCGCCUUUUCCUGGUCACCGACAACGACACUCCUCACGACGAUGACAAGGCCCUGAGGUCUGCCGCUGCAGUUAGAGCAAAGGAUCUGUACGACUUGGGCGUGGACAUCAUCUACAGCGCCAUACCAUCGGAUCCAGAUGCCCCUGCACCUGUGACCAAAGCUUCCAGAGCUUCCGCUAGUGGUGAUGGUCUUACACUAUUGCAAUCUCUCUUGUCAAAUAUCAACUCAAGAUCUUCUCCAAGACGCGCUCUGUUCUCGAAUAUGUCCUUCGAGAUUGGCCCAGGCUUGAAGAUCUCUAUCAAAGGUUACAUCAUUGUCAAGCGCCAGGAGCCCGCCAGGAGCAGCUACGUCUACAUGGGUGGCGAGAGACCUCAGCUUGCUGCAGGCUCUUCCACACUCCAGGCGGAAGACACGGCAAGAUCGGUUGACAAAGUUGAGAUCCGAAAGGCAUACAAGUUCGGCGGCGAGACAGUGUCUUUCACGCCAGAGGAGAUCUCGGACGUCAGGAAUUUCGGUGACCCUGUGCUCCGCAUCAUAGGCUUCAAGCCCUUGAGCAUGCUUCCCAUUUGGGCAAACCAUCGUCCUUCGACCUUCAUCUACCCCUCGGAAGAGGACAUCAUCGGCAGUACCAGGGUCUUCUCGGCACUACAACAGAAGCUGCUCAAAGGUCAGAAGAUGGGUCUUGCUUGGUACAUCCCGCGUCGCAAUGCAACACCAACACUUGCUGCUGUCAUUCCAGGAGCGGAGAGGCUAGACGAAGAUGGCGUACAAGUCAUGCCACCAGGAUUGUGGGUUCAUGUGCUUCCUUUCGCAGACGACGUUCGUGCGAUACCCGACACGACAGUUGUCCAGGCACCUGACGUUCUGAUCGACAAGAUGAGGACCAUCGUUCAGCAGCUGCAAUUGCCAAAAGCUGUGUACGACCCUAAGAAAUACCCCAACCCAUCUCUGCAAUGGUUUUACCGCAUAUUGCAAGCUCUGGCUUUGGAUGAAGACUUGCCGGAGAAGCCUGAGGACAAGACGCUACCACGUUACCGCCAGAUUGAUAAGCGGGCAGGAAACUAUGUCGUUGAAUGGGGCUCCGAACUCGAGGAGCAAUACGAGAUCUGGAAAAAGGCCAACGCUGGUCGUAACACUGCUACAGGUGCGACUAAGCGUGGUUCGGCAGCAGCGGGUGAAGACACCAAACGCACCAAGACUACAGCCAGUACGUCUUCCAAGUCGAGUGAUAGCAUCAGCGAUGAAGACAUGCGCAAAGCUUUUGAAACAAGCAAGAUCAGCAAGCUCACCGUGGCCGUCCUCAAAGCUUGGUGCAAAGAGAAGGGUGUAAAGUUACCAGCGACAGCGAAGAAGGGUGACAUUGUGGACGAAGUCACAGGUUAUAUGGAGAGCAAGAUGAGCCUUUCGUGA